AUGCUAUUACAAUCCCUAUUAGUAACUUCAUUAUCAUUGCUCUGUCAUGGUGUUAUUCUUUCAGAUUAUCAACAACUUACUUCAGACCUUGUUACAUUUACCGUGUUAAAACCCCCAGAAGCCUAUGGUUUAGAAAACAUUACUAACGACUUAUCUUCAAUGUGGUUACAAAUGAGUUCCACCAUUGUCGAGUACUUUAAAUCCAUAACAUUGGAUAAGAAUGGUGAUUUUAAUGAGUUAGCAUAUAACUAUCCUCUUUUGGUUCCAGGGAGUGCUGGUUACUUACAUAAAGGGAGUAAUAUUUGGUUAUACCAAAAUACUGCCCAAAAUUCAAUCAUAUAA